CACUGAUUUUUUUGUUUUGUUUUACUCUUGCAGAGCUAGAACAUUGACAUUUUGGUUUUCGUGUGUGAUCAUCAUCUUAUAGCAUGGUCCACUCCACUCGUUUCCAAGCUGAACAAGUCAAAAAAAACUCAAAAAAAGCAGGUCCCCCGAUUAUGCUACUUGCAAUUGUAUUCAAAUAAUCUUUUGCUAUGCAAAGACUAAAUGAACUUUCCUCUCUCACAGUCUUCCCAGCAACUACAACCAAUCAAACCAUGACCACUUCAUCAUAACUUUUCAUAAUUACACUUAACCAGUAGAUCAUUCACCACAUUCAUUGAAACAAAAAAAAAACAUGAGCUUCAAUAGUACCACCACCAUCCUCUACCUUUCUCUUUUCAUCUUGCUCUUUCACCUCACCACACAAAUCAAAGCUUACGAACCAGAGGAUCAUUUCACCAUCAAUUGUGGAACCACAGGCACCGUCUCCGACGGUGAUAGAACAUGGACAGGUGACACAGACUCAAAACUCUUAUCUCUUAACAACCCAACAACAACAACAGUGUCUGCUACAGCAACAACACAAGCUCCUUCAAUUAACACAGUCCCUUAUUCCACAUCUCGUCUUUCUCAUUCUGAAUUCACCUACUCCUUCCCUCUCACCACAGGCCCGAAAUUCCUACGCCUCUUCUUCUACCCAGCUUCAUAUCCUGAAUUCGACCGCACCCAAUCAUUCUUCACCGUCAAAUCCGGUGUCUUCACACUCUUACAGAACUUCAACGCUUCACUCACAGCUGACGCUGAAGGCAAGGAAACAACAAUCUUCAAAGAAUACAUAAUCAACGUUGACGAUAGUCAAAGGCUCAACCUAACCUUCACUCCAAACACAACAUCACAACAACCAAACUGUUACGCUUUCAUCAACGGAAUCGAGGUUCUGUCCAUGCCUGAUGAUCUCUACUACACAGCUUCAACAAACCCAGGAUUCAAGCUUGUGGGUACAGGCACAACCCAAUACAGCGUUUCAUCAAAAACUGCACUCGAGACAGAUUAUAGAAUCAAAGUCGGUGGCCAAGCAAUCUCGCCGCGAAACGACACCGGACUUUUGAGAAUCUGGGAAGGUCACGAUGAAGAUUAUCUAAUGAGACCAAGUGCACGUGAUGAUCUACCAGGUGAUAUCUCAGGUAACAUGAGUAUCACUGUGAAUCCUGAUUAUGUAGCACCCGUUCAACUCUACAGAACAGCACGUGAUAUGGGUAAAAAUGGAACUCUGAAUAAAAUGUUGAAUUUGACUUGGGGUUUUCAAGUUGAUACUGGCUUCUACUAUAUGGUUAGGUUGCACUUUUGCGAGCUUGACCCGAAUAUCAACGAGCCAAGUGACAGGGCUUUCUUCAUAUACAUAGAUGGCCAGAUAGCAGAGGAACGUGCUUCUGUUCUGAGAUGGAGUAAGCAAAAGGGUGUUGCUGUUCACAGAGACUACGCCGUUUCGAUUCCGUUGAGUGUUAAUCAGAAAAGGGUUAAUCUUUCUAUCCAAAUGCAUCCUUAUACAGAUUAUAAGGAUACAAGAUUUAGUGACCCAUUCUUGAACGGUCUCGAAAUCUUCAAAAUCAGCGACGCCGGGUCUAACAACCUCGCCGGACCCAACCCGGAUCCGAUCCAAGAACCGGGAAAUUCACCGGUUAUUCAAAACGGCAAGAAAAAGAAGAGCGUGACCGUCGUCGUCGUCGCGGGGGUGGUUUCCGGAGUCGUCGUUUUGGUCUUGAUCGUCGUCGUUUUGUUCCUCUUCCUUGUAAAGAGAAAAACCACAACCCAGUCCCAAACCAAAACCAAGCAUUCGAAGUCUUCCGCGACUUCGAAGUGGGGUCCACUUUCAUUCUCAACGACCAAGUCAACAAACACGCAGAACUCAUCCCUACCGUCGGAUCUCUGUCGACAAUUCUCGCUCGUCGAGAUCAAAUCCGCCACCAACAACUUCGACGAGGUUUUCAUCGUUGGCGUUGGCGGAUUCGGCCACGUGUACAAGGGCUACGUCGAUAACGGUUUAACCGCUGUGGCAAUCAAGCGUCUCAAACCGGGUUCGCAGCAGGGUGCGAACGAGUUCAUGAACGAGAUCCACAUGCUAUCGCAGCUUCGCCACCUUCAUCUCGUUUCUCUUAUUGGCUACUGCAACGAGAAUAGCGAGAUGAUCUUGGUCUAUGAUUUCAUGACACGUGGCACUCUCCGCGACCAUCUCUACAACACCGAUAACCCUGCUCUGAAGUGGAAGCAACGGUUGCAGAUUUGCAUCGGAGCAGCGCGUGGGCUGCAUUACCUCCAUACAGGCGCGAAGCAUGUUAUCAUCCACCGCGACGUGAAAACGACGAAUAUCUUAUUGGAUGAGAAAUGGGUGGCGAAGGUUUCGGAUUUCGGGUUAUCGAGAAUUGGGCCUACGGGCAUGUCAAAGGCCCAUGUGAGCACCGUGGUUAAGGGCAGCGUUGGGUAUUUAGACCCGGAGUAUUAUAAACGGCAGCGUUUGACGGAGAAGUCUGACGUGUACUCAUUUGGAGUGGUGCUGUUUGAGAUACUGUGUGCUCGACCGCCUCUGAUCCGAACCACGGAGAAGAAACAGGUGUCGCUUGCUGAUUGGGCGAGGCAUUGUUACAAGAGUGGGACCCUGGGUCAGAUUGUGGACCCCGCGUUGAAGGGUAGUAUUGCGCCAGAAUGCUUGAGGAAGUUCGGUGAGAUUGGCGUGAGCUGUUUGCUGGAUGAUGGGACACAGAGACCUUCGAUGAACGACGUCGUUUGGAUGCUGGAGUUUGCGUUGCAGUUACAAGAGAGUGCUGAGCAGCGUGAUGAGAAUGGUGUUGGAAUGGUUGUAAAAAGAGAUGAUAGUGAUGAUAUAUUGUUCAGUAGUGGGACCAGCUUGGGGCAGGUUUCGGAUUUCAAUAAGAGUAGUGGAGUGAGUGUGACGACUAGCAGCGGAGAACAUAGCUCUGGUAAUAAGGAAAGUGAUAAAUUGAUGAUGUCUGGGACUGUUUUCUCUGAGAUUAUGGACCCAAAGGCACGUUGAGGGAAUCAAACCCAACACUCCGGGAAUUGGGUGUAGGCUAAAAGUUUGAUUCGAAGACUAGCUGGAUGCUCAUAAACUUGUGAUGUGUGUGUGCAUGUGUGUACUUUAAGGUUUACGGUAUUGUUUGGUAGAAAAUUAAUUUUGGAAUUGAUGGGAAAAUGCAAGUGGAUAUUGAGAAAUAACAUGUUUGGUUCAGGUGUUUUUGACAAAAAUACUAGGUAGAUGGGGAAAUGACUUUUGUGUUGAUUUUUGGAUGAAAUUCACUGAUACAGAAUACCACUUAAGAUGUGGUAUUCUGAGAUAACUAUAAGUGAAAAAAACAGGUGCAAAGUUUCUCCCCGAACAUAGAUUUUGCAAAUUUAAAUAAAUUUUGCAAAAAGUUUCUCGUCAACCAAACGCCCCUAAACGAUUUUGAGUUUGUAAAGCAAGCUAAUUGCUUUUGUUUCUUGCCAUGAGUGCGUUUGUAUUGGCUUUUUAAGAAAGCUCUUUUAUUAUUUCCUUAUUUUAAAAGUACUU